GUCACGGAGUGGUUGCGACAAGUUUUCAACAUUCUGGAUGUCGUGUCCAAAUUGACCUCCGUGCCCUUCAUGACGCAUUGCCAUGCGGCGGCCCAGUUUAGUGGCGAUCGGGUUGCGCUCCUUGUGGCCCCCGGCAUCUACUUCCUCUCGCUGCCGGCGCUUGCCGUGCUGAAUACUUUUCUGCUUUGCGCCUUGACGGUCUACGCUGUGUUGCCCUGUCUCAGACGACAUGGCUGGGAGUUUAACGAGGCUGGCAAGAAGAAGCAGAAACGCGAGAAAGCCCUCAAGCUGUUGAAGAAAGCCUUGGCAGACCCUCUGCAGGCACUUGGCCUCACCUUCGAGGAUCUGGAGGACUUGCGUGGGAUCAAUCAAGAAGUCCGCAGUGGACUCCCGAUGUCCGACAUGGUCUGA